CUCGCGUAAAAAAAAAAAAAAAAAAUCAUCGAUAAACGAGAGUUGGUGGGGGGAAAAAGAAGGAAAAGAAAAGCCGUCAUAUCGCUAUUGUGUGCUUCCAGUGGGUUUGGAUACGCGUGUUUUCUGUCGGUAAAAUGGGAAACUGCCACACCGUUGGACCGAACGAGGCCCUCGUGGUUUCAGGUGGCUGCUGUGGCUCAGAUCAGAAGACAUAUGUUGUGGGAGGCUGGGCUUGGGCCUGGUGGCUCAUCUCUGACAUCCAGAGAAUGUCUCUGGAGGUUAUGACCAUCCUCUGUCGCUGUGAGAAUAUCGAAACUUCGGAGGGUGUUCCCCUGGAUGUGACAGGGGUGGCUCAGGUGAAGGUGAUGACAGAAAAUGAGCUGCUGGGUUAUGCCUGUGAACAGUUCCUGGGGAAGUCAGUCAUUGAGAUCAAGAGUGUCAUCCUGCAGACCCUCGAGGGUCACCUGCGUGCCAUCCUUGGCACCCUGACUGUUGAGCAGAUUUACCAGGACCGAGACAAAUUUGCCACUCUGGUGCGAGAGGUUGCUGCACCUGAUGUCGGCCGCAUGGGCAUCGAGAUUCUCAGCUUCACCAUCAAGGAUGUCUAUGAUAAAGUGGAGUACCUGAGCUCACUGGGCAAAACUCAGACAGCUGCAGUACAGAGGGAUGCAGACAUUGGAGUGGCAGAGGCAGAGAGAGAUGCUGGCAUCAGGGAAGCUGAGUGUAAGAAAGAAAUGAUGGACGUUAAGUUCUUAGCCGACACAAAAAUGGCCGACUCCAAACGAGAGCUGGAAAUGCAGAAAGCUUCAUUUAACCAGGAAGUGAACACAAAGAAAGCAGAGGCCCAGCUGGCGUAUGAGCUGCAGGCGGCCAAAGAGCAGCAGAAGAUCCGUCUGGAGGAGAUUGAAAUCGAGGUGGUGCAGAGAAAGAAGCAGAUCACUAUUGAGGACAAGGAGAUCGCCCGCACUGACAAGGAGCUCAUCGCCACUGUGAAGAGACCUGCAGAGGCUGAAGCCUACAAGAUGCAGCAGCUGGCUGAGGGACAGAAGACAAAGAAGGUGCUGACGGCGCAGGCAGAGGCCGAGAAGAUCCGCUUCAUAGGUGAGGCAGAGGCUGCCUCCAUUGAAGCUGUGGGGAAGGCAGAGGCUGAGAAGAUGAGGCUGAAGGCUGAAGCCUACCAGCAGUACGGCGAUGCUGCCAAGACUGCUUUGGUCCUGGAGGCUCUGCCCAAGAUCGCCGGCAAGGUGGCUGCACCCCUGUCCAGGACUAAUGAGAUUGUCAUCCUGAGUGGAGACGGCAACCGCGUGACUGGAGAGGUGAACCGUCUAUUAGCUGAACUCCCCGUGUCUGUCAACGCCCUCACUGGAGUGGAUCUGACUAAGAUUCCUCUGCUCCAGAAAAUGGUCAGCCCACAGUGCCAGACAGCCAUGUGAUGAAUCAGGCCACAGACUUGUUACUCUGAAUCCUUCGACAUAUAUCUGCCUCUAGCAUGACAAUAGUUUUUUUCAGCCUCUAACCCCUUAUGCAAAUGCCUUUGACAAGAAACACUUGAUGCCAAUGAAAGAGGUGUUUUAUAUUUUUAAGAGGUUUUUAAUUUUCUAAAGGAAACAAACUAGCUGGGGCCUUACAUCUAAAGGACCAGACUGUAUGCAUCUUGUGUUGUUUUUGUUGUUUUAGACACACUGAUUCUUAUCACACUGCCAGGAUUAUAUGCUGCAAUCCUGUUCACUCCUACAGGCCAUCCAAAGCAGAGCUGGGUAUUUUUGAGAGACACACGUCUGAGUUUGCCCGAUUUAAAUGUGGUAAUUUAUAGAAGGAGAAACACCACCGUCUUCAGUACAAUGUGCUGGAAAGAGUGGAGGUGUUGUGUCUCAGCUCCUGUCUUUUCAUCACAGUCAUUUAUCUAAUGCUCAGAGCCCAGCUAGUAAAGUAGUGUGAAGUAGACUGAACACAGAGUGGAUAGGCAGCUUUUAUUUUAUUUUAAUUUUCCUCUUUGUUUUAAAACUCUUAUUUGUUAGUUAGUAAUUAGUUAGACCUCUGUCUAACUCAGAGAACAUAAUGGAUUACCAAAUCGCUGUUACACUUAAGGCUCAGCAGAUCUUCACCCACUGUGAUUGUAAAAUUUACAGUAUACUACAAUAUCAGUGAUAUUUGAAUCACUUGUAGGAUACUUCUUACCUCGCAACGUAUUGUCUUGUUGUCUGUCUUCUCAAUUCUGAUGGGCAGUGCCUGUUCACCACUCAAGUGCCCAGCCCUUAGGACAGCGGUUUGGCUUUAGUAAGAUUUAUGUCAGAGUAUAUCACCGUGUUAUAGAUGGAUGACGUUUAAAUAUUGUUCCCUGUUCUCCUCACAUCUGCUUAUACUAACAGUAGUGUUUACUCUUCACUUUUGUCACGUGUUUGGACAGAUAUAAACGUUAAGCAAAUGCAUAACACAAAGCCAUACUUUAAAAAAGAUUAGCCUUAAAAGAUGCCUGCCAGGCUUACUGAACAUUUCUUUAUUAAUCACUUCUCUGUUAGUCCUCUUCCUCAGAUGUGAUAAUGUUUCUCAGAUGUUUGACAUGUUCACUUUUGCAGACUGUACAUAUUCACCUUUUUUUUUUUUUGUUUGUUUAGAUUUCUUUUUGCGGAUUUUUGCCUUUAUUGGAUAGUCACAUGUGUAGGCAGACAGGAAAUGGAGAGGGGCGGUGGGGGUGGGGGUAUGACAUGCAGCUGGGAUUGGACUGGCUACAGUUGUGACCAUGUGGCAUGUGCUAUAAACCCAUCGACUACCAAGGCAUCCCGUACUUCUCUGGUUUGAAAGUUGCCACUGUAUUUCAUAUCUGACCGCACCCAGUCUGUGAUGACAAAGCAGGGAUUUAAUGCUGCAUUCAGUCGGCCCGUUGGAGGAUAAGCAUGUGAUGAGGUGGUACAUGUUGUUUGUGCUCGGGAGAUCUUCAGUUGGGUAAAUGUCAAAGUCGAGCAGUUGGAGCAGUUUUCCUGCUGCAACAAUUUUUUUUGUUUGUUUUUUGCCGAUUGGCUCUAAUUACUACAUGAAGUCUGUUACAAUCAUUUAACCACUGAGAGCCAGAUGAAAGCCAGUGUCCAAAGUGAUGGUUCAGUGUUACAUCAGCACUAUCUCACACAGGGAGCAGUUGGAUGAUUCAACCUCUAGAUGGCAGGAUUUUAACCCACAUUGAGUUACUCUCCAAACUAAAUAAGCUUGCUGUCGCUGCCUGUUUAUAAAUUUAAACUUCAUCUUCUUUUAUCGACCUCAGUUGUUUUAUCCAGCCUGCUUGCUGUGCACACAGUUAGGUCGGGCUGCCCCUUUUUUUUUAAUCGUGAAUGAUCUUGAACCACUUUUCAUCUGUGACCUUAAAUGUGUUGUUAUUUUGCCACAGACUGUCAUGAAGAUGUCAGUCACACCAUUUUCCUUAUUGUCUGUGAAUAAACAUGAAGCUUGUGGCUUGUUUGGUCUGAGCAAACUUCAUCUUGUUUUUAUUUUUGACAUGAAUGUUAUAAUUCCCUCGAAGUUCUGAUGUGUUUCUGCAGCCGUUUUCCCUCCUGUAAAUGUUGGUGUGCUCAGUGCCUGGCUUGCUGCAAAUACAAUAUUAUUAAUCUGUUGAUAUAUAAUAUUCUGUACCAUAAUUUAAAUGGCCAGUCUUUUUAUUAUGUCUGAUAUCAGUAAUUAGUCAUUCAACCCUGACAAAGAUCCUGAUCGUGCAUACACUGUCCCAUUUUCAAUAACUCAGUGCAGCCUGGCAGAGCCCUCUGACAGUUUACACAGUGUGGUCUGGUUGGGCCAUGGAUGUCUUUUUUAACUUAGCUGCAUAAUAGAUGAUGUUUUCGUCUUCACUCAGACGUCAACGUGGAACCUUUUUAUACACCCGAGUGAUAGACUGCACCAGUCCCUGGCAGCCAUUAGGAUAGAAAAACACUAAACUAACCUGCCUAAUUUAGUCUCCGAGCUGAUAAUUGGAGCAGUUGCAGAAUCAUGAGGCUGUUUGAAAGGUGGCGAGUUGCAUUAUGUUCUUUACAUAUCGGACCCAGUUUAAAUAGCUUGUGAGUGGUCGUUUCCAAUCUGUGAAAAGAUACAAAUAGCUAAAAAAAAAAAUGCUUAAAAUAAUCCUGUUACUUAGAAAAGUAGGGUUUCUUUCUGUACACAGUGCCUUUGUUAAAUAAUGAGGAGUUCAUUUAUACUUUAAUGUUGACUGUGGUAAUCAUACACUGAUGAGGUAUUCUAUGAUAAAUAUGAGACUAACUUUUAGAAUAUGUUAUACAUGUAUAAUGUUGAGCUGUAAGCUUUCCUCUUUCUACUUCUGUUUUAUGUAUAAUGACAUUCUGCAAUGCAAAUGUACCAGGGAACACAUAUAUAUAUAUAUAUAUAUAUAUUUAGAUGAGAUGUAGCAUUUUACAGCUUUUCCUUUGGAAUCUGGACCUCUUAAAGUACUGUCAUUCAUUAAAUUGUCCAUCACAUUUUGUGCCAGAAAAUAACUAUUUUUUUUAAUUUGCAUUGACUAAUCAGAACGGAGGCAACUUUCUGAUACUCCAAGUGGCAUUUUAGAGGAGAAUGUGGUUAAAGACCAAACAGACCUACGCCUUAACCCUUGUCUUCAUCUGUUGUCUAUCAUAGAAAUAAUCUAUAAUCUGUAUUCAAAUUAUAACGUAGAUUUAUCUUGUGGCUUCUCAUGUAACACUGGCCUUUGGACAACUGAUCCAGCAUCGCAUUUUAAGCAUGUGUUCAUGUUAUUCUGUGUUGUGUGCCACCCUAUAAUAAAUGUUAUACUACUUCC